UCUGGGUUCACCAGAUAGCUCGGGGACGCUUGCACGCCGGACAGUGGCCUGUCGUCCCCACCACCCAUCUCCUGGCCAUUCCACGCCGGACACAGGGCUCUGACGGCCGGGCCCCCAGCCCUCCACUUGAGCUUCCUGGGUCUUCCCAAGGACUGUCCUUGCUUAUCCAGCAGCCCUGUGAGCCCCAAGUUCCCUCGACUCCAGGUCGCUGUUCUGCAUCGCCGACGGCCAUGAGGUCCCGGCUCCUGCUUCCCGUGGCCCACCUGCCCACGAUCCAGGAGACGCUGGAGGAGAUGCUGCCUGGGGGGCCUGGGCAGGAGCCCCCGGCCUCCCCCAGUCUGGAUGACUACGUGAAGUCUAUCUGUCAGCUGGCUCAGCCCACUUCAGUGCUGGAUGUGGCCACAGCCAGGGCCCAACCUGGUAGAACCCCCCGGCCAGCCCGCGCCUUCAAGAAGAGCCCUCCUCCUGAGUCCCUACAGGACAUUACUACCCGCUUCAGUGGUCAGCAGCCGGCACUGCCCGGGGACGGCACUGCUGACCCCCUGGACUGGCUCUUUGGGGAGUCCCAGGAAAAAAAGUCAAGUAGGAGGGACCAGCCAAGGAGGACUGUCUCCUCUGCUGACUCCUGGGAUCCACACAAACAGAUGGACUGUGGCAAGGCACGAGGGACCCCCAGAGGGAGACCCUGGGAUGCCAGGGUGCAGGGGCACUCUCUGGCAAGACCCUCAAGGGACUCGCACCAGGGCUCCUGGGCUUCCAGGCAACUCUGUAUGGACACGGCCUCCCCCCCAGCCCCCCGCCCCAGCAGCACCCUCAGAACUCUCUAUUUGCACCUCCCAGUGAUCCAUGAACUCUAACCCCUCCCCAAUAAAGUCUUCUGUACAGAG